GCGCUGGCCCCGGCAGUGGCCCGCGCUCUCGGGAGGGCGGGUUCACGUCCUUGUUGCCCGGGACUGUUCUGCGCCUCCUCCAGACCCAGGAGCGCAGCCCGCAGAGGUUCGGUUCGCCUGCAGCACCUGCAGCUCCGACACCUGGUACCUGUGAGAUUCCCUCUGCUGCCAUGAAGAUUGCCGUGAUCGGGCAGAGCCUGUUUGGCCAGGAAGUUUAUUGCCACCUAAGGAAGGAGGGUCAUGAGAUAGUGGGUGUGUUCACCAUCCCAGACAAGGAUGGGAAGGCUGACCCCCUCGGCGUGGAGGCUGAGAAGGAUGGGGUCCCCGUGUUCAAGUUCCCCCGCUGGCGGGCACGAGGACAGGCUCUGCCCGAUGUGGUGACCAAAUACCAGGCUUUGGGUGCUGAGCUCAACGUUCUGCCAUUCUGCAGCCAGUUCAUCCCCAUGGAGGUCAUUGAUGCUCCCCGACACGGCUCCAUCAUCUACCACCCAUCUCUGCUCCCCAGGCACCGCGGGGCUUCAGCCAUCAACUGGACCCUCAUCCAUGGAGAUAAGAAAGGGGGCUUUACCAUCUUCUGGGCUGAUGAUGGUCUGGACACGGGGGACCUUCUACUUCAGAAGGAAUGUGAGGUGCUACCAGAUGACACCGUCAGCACCUUGUAUAACCGAUUCCUCUUCCCUGAAGGCAUCAAAGGGAUGGUGGAGGCUGUCAGGCUCAUCGCAGAGGGCAAAGCCCCCAGACUCCCUCAGCCUGAGGAAGGAGCCACCUACGAGGGAAUUCAGAAGAAGGAAACAGCCAAAAUCAACUGGGACCAGCCAGCUGAGGCCAUUCACAACUGGAUCCGUGGGAACGACAAGGUGCCGGGUGCCUGGACAGAGGCCUGUGGACAGAAGCUGACAUUUUUCAACUCAACGCUGAACACUUCAGGCCUGGUGCCAGAAGGAGAAGAUUUGCUCAUCCCAGGUGCCCAGCGGCCAGGCGUGGUCACCAAAGCGGGACUUAUCCUCUUCGGAAAUGAUGACAGAAUGUUACUGGUGAAGAACGUGCAGCUGGAGGACGGCAAGAUGAUCCCAGCCUCACACUUCUUCAAGGGGGCAGCCAGUAGUGCCCUCGAGUUGACAGAGGCAGAGCUGGCCACUGCAGAGGCCGUGCGGAGUGCUUGGCAGAGGAUCCUCCCAAAUGUCUCAGAGGUUGAAGACUCCACGGAUUUCUUCAAGUCGGGGGCUGCGUCUGUGGAUGUUGUGAGAUUGGUUGAGGAAGUGAAGGAGCUGUGUGAUGGCCUGGAGUUAGAAAAUGAAGACGUUUACAUGGCAACCACCUUCGGGGACUUCAUCCAGCUCUUAGUGCGGAAGCUGAGAGGGGAAGAUGAAGAGACUGCGUGUGUCAUCGACUAUGUGGAGAAGGCAGUGAACAAGCUGACUGUCCAAAUGCCACACCAGCUCUUCAUCGGGGGCACGUUUGUGGAUGCUGAGGGUUCCAAAACCUACGAUACCAUCAACCCGACAGAUGGAAGUGUCAUCUGCCAAGUGUCCCUGGCCCAGGUCAGUGAUGUCGACAAGGCAGUGGCUGCAGCAAAGGAUGCCUUCGAGAAUGGGCUGUGGGGGAAGAUCAGCGCGCGGGACCGGGGCCGGCUCCUGUACAGGUUGGCAGAUCUCAUGGAGCAGCACCAGGAAGAGCUAGCCACCAUUGAGGCCCUGGAUGCAGGUGCUGUCUACACACUAGCCCUGAAGACUCAUGUGGGCAUGUCUAUCCAGACCUUCCGCUACUUUGCUGGUUGGUGCGACAAGAUCCAGGGCUGCACCAUCCCCAUCAACCAAGCCAGACCCAACCGCAACUUGACCUUGACCAAGAAAGAGCCUGUUGGGGUCUGUGGCAUUGUCAUUCCCUGGAACUAUCCCCUGAUGAUGCUGUCCUGGAAGACAGGUGCCUGCCUAGCUGCUGGGAACACGGUGGUGAUCAAGCCUGCCCAGGUGACGCCACUCACAGCCUUGAAGUUUGCAGAGCUGACACUGAAAGCUGGCAUCCCCAAGGGUGUGAUCAACAUCCUCCCAGGAUCUGGCUCGCUGGUCGGCCAGAGACUCUCAGACCAUCCUGAUGUGAGGAAGAUUGGGUUCACGGGCUCCACAGAGGUGGGAAAGCACAUCAUGAAGAGCUGUGCCCUGAGUAAUGUGAAGAAGGUUUCCCUGGAGCUGGGUGGGAAGUCACCCCUCAUCAUCUUUGCUGACUGUGACCUCAACAAAGCUGUGCAGAUGGGGAUGAGCUCUGUCUUCUUCAACAAAGGGGAGAACUGCAUUGCAGCAGGGCGACUCUUCGUAGAAAACUCUAUCCAUGACCAGUUCGUGCAGAAGGUGGUGGAAGAGGUGAAGAAGAUGAAGAUUGGCAAUCCUCUUGACAGAGACACCAACCACGGGCCACAGAACCACCAAGCCCACCUAAGGAAGCUGUUGGAGUAUUGCCAGCGUGGUGUGCAAGAGGGGGCCACACUGGUCUGUGGUGGGAAUCAAGUCCCUCGGCCAGGUUUUUUCUUUGAGCCAACUGUUUUCACGGACGUGGAGGACCACAUGUUCAUAGCCAAGGAAGAGUCCUUCGGGCCCAUCAUGAUCAUCUCUCGGUUUGCUGAUGGGGAUGUGGACACGGUGCUGUCUCGGGCCAAUGCCACAGAAUUUGGCCUUGCCUCUGGAGUCUUCACCAGGGAUAUAAACAAGGCCCUGUACGUCAGCGACAAGCUUGAAGCAGGCACUGUGUUUGUCAACACAUACAACAAGACUGACGUGGCUGCUCCCUUUGGCGGAUUCAAGCAAUCUGGAUUUGGCAAAGAUUUGGGAGAGGCGGCCCUGAAUGAGUACCUGCGGGUCAAGACAGUGACUUUUGAGUACUGAAGAAGGACCUCUGAGAGAGGGAAGACCAAAUCCCUCCGUGGUGCCCCUCAUCCCACACAGCCCUGACCUGUCUCCUUAGGGCAGGCCAAGACGUUCCCACCCAGCUGGAGUGCACAGGCCGCCUCCCCCGCCCCGCCCCCCAGCAGCCACUGAAGCCCUCCUGCCUGUUCCCCCAUCUGCACCAUUUGGGACACACUAUGAACAAUCAGAAGUGGCCCACUUCAGGGAAAAUAAAUGUUCUGAGUAGAGGCAA